GCCUGCGCUCUCAGUUCUCCUCCCCCAGCCUCGCUGGGGUUGGGGGCGCGACUCCGGUUGCCGUGCGCCGGUUGUCUUCCACCGCGGUGGCCGUCGCCGCGGCUCCAUGUCACGCGCCAUGCACCUCCUCUGCUGGUGGCAAGUACUGCUGUGGGUGCUGGGCCUCCCGGCCCGCGGCCUGGACGUUGCAGAGGAGAGUGGUCAUGUGUGGCGGGAAGAGCAGCCUGGCCCAGCUCUCCAGGUCGGGGCCCAGUACCUGCAUAAAGAGGAGGCUGCACAGGGCCGUCGGGACCAGGCGAGGGUGGCACAGCCUGCUGAGGCCUCGCUGGGGCCUGGUCCUCGUGGAGAUCCCGUGGUGGUGCUGUCGGUGAUUCCGGGUGCAGCUGAGGACCAACGGAGCGCUGAGGUCCGAGAUGGCACCUGCAGUGCCCUAGGAGAGGAGGGCCCACGAUGUGGCCAAGAGAGCCUCUUGGCUCUGCACGGUGCGGGUGGCUUCCCGGAACGGGAAGAGGAGUACUACCCUGAGCCUGGAGUGGCGGAGGCGGAGGCAGUAGCCACCGAGGAUGCCAACAGCACCGACAGCCUGAAGUCCCCCAAGGUGAACUGUGAGGAGAGGAAUGUGACCGGGCUAGAAAAUUUCACCUUGAAGAUUUUAAACAUGUCCCAGGACCUCAUGGAUUUUCUCAACCCAAACGGUAGUGACUGUACGCUGGUUCUCUUCUAUGCCCCGUGGUGCCCGUUCUCUGCCAGCCUGGCCCCCCAUUUUAAUUCUCUGCCUCGGGCAUUUCCAACUCUUGGCUUUUUGGCACUGGAUGCGUCUCAGCACAGCAGCCUUUCUACCAGGUUUGGCACUGUAGCUGUCCCCAACAUUUUGUUAUUCCAAGGAGCUAAACCAAUGGCAAGGUUUAACCAUACAGAUCGAACUCUGGAAACACUGAAGAUCUUCAUUUUCAACCAGACAGGCAUAGAAGCCAAGAAAAACGUGGUGGUGACUCAGGCUGACCGAAUGGGCCCGCUCCCCAGCACAUUGGUAAAGACAGUGGAUUGACUGUUUGUAUUUUCCUUAUUCUUUUUAAUUAGUUUUAUUAUGUA